AUGAUAUACAGCGGGAAAUGCAAUGUUGUCGCUUUAGCGGACAUAUUUUUCAGCCAGAGCGUGAAUGAGGAGAGACCAAUACACUGUUUAUGCUCCAGAGCUUUUGUGCACGACAGAGAAUUAUACCGAUCUGAUUAUAAAUCGGCAACUGCUCCGACAGACGAUGGAUUUAAAGAGCUCAAAGAUGAUUGCAUGAACCACGUGGACGGGACUAGCAGCUCUGAGGAAGAGGAGGCUGAAUUUUUAGAUGAAGAGUCCAGACUCAUGGCCAGCAUGGGGCUACCAGUUCAGUUCAGCAGCUCGUCAGCAUGGCGGGAAACCAAAGAGAGGAAGAAAGGGAGUAGAAUCCAUUGGGAGGACAUCUCAGAGAGUGAUGAAUCCAGUCCCCUUGAGGAGAAUCAGACUGUUCCCAGUGCUGAGAGCCCAGAGGGGCCUGACAAUUCUGGGCAGGUCCCUGUUGAACAGGAAGGUUGGGGGAAGUACUGGACACAGCAUGGAGAAAGUUUGCUGUGGCAGAGCUGGCUGGAGAAACAUCCGGAAAGCUCAGAAUGUACGGCAGCGGUGCCCUGGGAUUCCCCUGACUCGAAAGAGGCUUGGGACCAGCAUGCGAGUGACACCUACCAGUAUUACUGGGAGCAGUUUCAGUACUGGGCAUCUCAGGGCUGGACAGUAGAUGAUUCUUACAGCACACAGACUGCCUUGCUGGAAUUUCAGCAUGAGGAAGGCGGGGACUGUGACAUCGCCCAGCAGUCUUUAACCCAGGACUCUGCCAAGGAACCCAGCGAUGGAGGGAAUCGUAACCGUCCGUCUGCACAGGGCGGAGAGUGCUCCGAAACAGGGGAUGUGAGAGGAAACUGUAGCUCAAACUGUUUGCCGAAUAACAGCGGCUGUCCGAGAAACAACCCUCCUCCUGAUGAAGAUGAGAGUGAUGAAGAUGACGAACCACCAGGACACAGACGGGCUAAAGUGAAAAGAAGCCAUGAGAUGGAUGUAGAGGAGACUCCUCAGCUGUCAGUGGAGGAGGUGUGGGACCGCCUGGGUUUAAAACGCCGCGCUGAACACACAUUCGAGAGUGUUUUAAAAAUGAAGAAAGGACACACAGAGUGGAGGACAGAAGAGAGGCGGAAGCCUCCGGAAAAGAAGAAAGCGGCCUGUAAAAUCAGCAAACACAUCUUCUUCACCGAGGAGGGAGAACCAACAGAGACAAACACGAGCAAAACACUGUGCAAAGUCCAGCAGUUUCUACAGAGGGCUCGAAAAGAAGCUGCUUCGGCAGAGAGAGCGACGUCUGUGUUUGACGUUGUGUCCUCCCACCACAGCCAACGCACAGAGAAUGCACAGAGCCAAUGCACAGAGAACCACAGCUCGCCGGAGAACCCGUGUCCUGUGGACAGAGAACCGUCGUCACAGCAGCACCAGGAGAACCGUCCACACACACGUGGCGGUACUGACAAAACAGAGCGUAGUGAACAUCUUCAGCCAUGUGAAAGGUCCAGUGAGAGUGACCCUCCCUUCCAGAGCAGGCCUGAAAGAGUACCAGAGCCAGAACCAGGGGAAGAGAGCCAGUCUGACCCCAGAGGAGAGCUCAUGGCCCUGGACGUUCCAGACUACCUGAUCCCUGAUCCUCUGGAGGACCAUGGAAAAGAGAAGGAAAAGACCUCGAAGAAGAAGAGGAGAAAGACGCGGAAGAGGAGGAGAGAUGUGGAAAUGCCCCCUGAGAUCGCAGCCGAACCAGAGCUGGCUAAGUACUGGGCCCAGCGGUACCGCCUGUUCUCCCGAUUUGACGAGGGGAUCCAGCUGGACCACGAGGGCUGGUUCUCUGUCACUCCGGAGAAAAUAGCGGAACACAUCGCUCUUAGGGUCCAGAGCGGUUUCCAGUCCGAUCUGAUCGUCGACGCUUUCUGUGGAGUGGGAGGCAAUGCCAUUCAGUUUGCCCUGACUGGGGCCAGAGUCAUAGCCAUUGAUAUCGACCCGGUUCGUCUGGCGCUGGCCCAGAACAACGCGCGGGUGUACGGGGUGACCCAGCUCAUUGAGUUUGUGUGUGGAGACUUUCUACAGCUGGCGCCGCUCCUUCAGGCCGACGCGGUCUUCCUCAGUCCCCCGUGGGGAGGACCGGAAUAUCUGAACGCUGACGUCUUUGACAUCAAAUCCAUGAUGAGCCCGGAUGGAUUUGAAAUUUUCAGGUUGUCCAAGAUGAUAUCUGAGAACAUUGUGUAUUUUCUCCCGCGAAAUGCAGACAUGGAGCAGAUUGCUUCACUCGCAGGACCUGGUGGGAAAGUGGAAGUGGAACAGAACUAUCUGAACAACAAACUGAAAACGAUAACUGCCUACUUCGGCAAUUUGAUCAAGUCCGAUUCUUAGUUUCAGUUGAAGAAACCUCAGUCGGACCAUGUCUUCUGUUGGAAAUGUUCGU